AUUCCUAAUGGUCAGCUGUUCUGUCUCCCCCAUGAAGAUCUGUGAUCUCGCUGAGUGUUGUUUGCUGCCAUCACAGUUUCUCCGUUCGAGCUCUGAGGAACGUAAGGACCAGCUUCACAGGCCACAUCUCCCACACAUACCCGACUGUUUGGUUCGUUCGUCGAUCAAGUGUUCAAGAUGAAGACGAGUUUGUUGAAGAUUGGCGCUGCCAGGUCUUCCAUUGGACGAUCUCACUCCCUUUGGACCGGACAAUCCUGGAGAAUGAUGGCAUCAUCCUCAACGGGAGGAUUUCGAGUGGAACAAGACACCUUUGGUGAUCUCCAGGUGCCCAAUGAGAAAUAUUACGGUGCUCAGACCCUCCGAUCCGUGAUGAAUUUCCCCAUCGGUGAUCGAGCCUCGGAGCGGAUGCCCAUGCCGGUCAUCAAGGCCUUCGGUGUACUGAAGAAAGCCGCGGCUGAGGUCAACAAGGAGUUUGGAUUGGACCCCAAAGUGGCCGAUGCCAUUUCCCAAGCCGCCGAUGAGGUCAUCGAUGGCAGUCUCUACGAGGAUCACUUUCCUUUGGUCAUCUGGCAGACCGGCUCCGGAACUCAGAGUAAUAUGAACACCAACGAAGUGAUCGCCAAUCGGGCCAUUGAGAUCAUGGGUGGAGAAUUGGGCUCCAAGAAGCCGGUCCAUCCCAACGACCACGUGAACAAGUCUCAAAGCUCCAAUGACACUUAUCCUACGGCCAUGCACAUUGCCGUAGCCGUGGAAUUGCAAAAUGUGCUCGUGCCCGGUCUUCGAAAGCUUCACGAUGCCUUGGAUGCCAAGGCCCAAGAAUACGCGGAUAUCAUCAAGAUCGGUCGCACCCACACUCAGGAUGCCACGCCCCUCACUUUAGGUCAGGAAUUCAGUGGAUACGUGACGCAAGUCAAAUUUGCCAUUGACCGUAUUGAGGCCACCCUCCCUCGUCUCUAUAUGCUAGCGGCUGGUGGUACCGCCGUUGGCACUGGUCUGAACACCCGCAUCGGAUUUGCUGAGAAGGUGGCUGACAAAGUCUCUCAAAUCACCGGAUUGCCCUUCGUCACCGCUCCGAACAAAUUUGAAGCCCUAGCCGCUCACGACUCCAUGGUGGAAGUCUCGGGUGCUCUGAAUGUGAUCGCUUGCUCCAUCAUGAAGAUUGCCAAUGAUCUUCGUUUCCUGGCUUCUGGUCCCCGGUGCGGUUUGGGCGAGCUCUCGUUGCCCGAAAACGAGCCCGGCAGCUCGAUUAUGCCCGGCAAGGUCAAUCCUACUCAAUGUGAAGCCAUCACCAUGGUGGCUGCUCAAGUGAUGGGCAAUCACGUGGCCGUGACCGUGGGUGGUUCCAAUGGCCAUUUUGAAUUGAACGUGUUCAAGCCCAUGAUGGUGGCCAAUGUUCUGCGAUCCAUUCGACUUUUGGGAGAUGCAUCCGUCGCUUUCACGGACAAGUGUGUGACUGGCAUCGAAGCUAAUCGGGAUCGAAUUGACACGCUUCUGCACGAGUCCUUGAUGUUAGUCACGGCUUUAAAUCCUCACAUUGGUUAUGAUGCCGCGGCUAAGAUCGCCAAGACCGCCCAUAAGAACGGUACCACGCUCAAGGAGGAGGCCAUCAAAUUGGGUUAUCUGAACGAGGAACAAUUCAAGCAAUGGGUCAAGCCUGAGGAUAUGUUGGGCCCCAAAUAAUUGGAGCCUUUCUCUAGCCUUUUGCAGAGCAUUGUUGGGAAAGAAAAUAUAACCCGGAAGAAACAUACGUGAAGUUAAAAGCUUCAUAGCGAAGAAGCGUAAACUUGGCCCUCCAUGCUAACGGCCACUCAUCGAUUACCUGAAUAAAUAUGAUAUUGUCCA